AAUCAAAGAUGUUUGUGUAUAAGAGAGAUGGACGAAGAGAGCGAGUAGCUUUUGACAAGAUCACUUCUCGCAUUAACAAACUGUGUUAUGGUCUAGACAUGAAUUAUGUGGAUCCUGCCGAGGUUGCACAAAAGGUUGUUACUGGUGUAUACCAAGGUGUGACUACUGUGGAAUUAGACAACUUGGCUGCAGAAACCACUGCUUAUCUAACAACAAAACAUCCCGACUAUGCCAUUCUUGCGGCUCGUAUUGCUAUCUCUAAUCUCCACAAGGAAACAAAGAAACAGUUUUCGUCUGUCAUGCAAGAUCUGUACGAAUAUGUUAAUCCAAAGAAUAACAAGCAUUCCCCCAUGAUUUCAAAAACUACUUUUGAUUGUAUUCUUAAAAACGCUGACCGUCUCAACUCAGCUAUCAUCUACGAUAGAGACUUCAAUUACAACUUUUUUGGAUUCAAAACUCUUGAACGCUCGUACUUGCUUCGCAUCAAUCGUAAGACUGCCGAACGUCCUCAACACAUGCUUAUGCGUGUUGCCGUCGGUAUCCACGGUGAUGAUGUUGAAGCUGUCAUUGAAACCUACAAUCUUAUGUCCGAAAAAUACUUUACCCAUGCAUCCCCCACCUUAUUUAAUGCCGGUACUCCUAACCCCCAGAUGUCGAGUUGUUUCUUACUCACCAUUGAAGAUGACUCUAUUGAGGGAAUCUAUUCCACCCUCAAAACUUGUGCCAUGAUCUCCAAAACUGCUGGUGGCAUUGGCUUGAAUGUUCACAAAAUCCGAUCCUCUGGUUCUUAUAUUGCUGGCACAAAUGGUCUUUCAAAUGGUAUUAUUCCCAUGCUACGUGUGUUCAACAACACUGCUCGCUAUGUUGAUCAAGGAGGCAACAAACGUCCUGGUGCAUUUGCCAUCUAUCUUGAGCCAUGGCACGCCGAUGUCUUUGAGUUUUUAGAUCUUAGGAAAAACACUGGUAAAGAAGAAAAUCGUGCACGCGAUUUGUUCUAUGCUUUGUGGAUUCCAGAUAUGUUCAUGCGUCGUGUCGAAAGCAAUGGCGAUUGGAGUCUCUUUUGUCCAGCAGAAGCACCUGGUCUUGACGAUGUCUGGGGUGAUGAGUUUGAUGCUUUGUACGAAAAAUAUGAGCGUGAAGGCCGUGCUCGCAAGAUCAUCAAAGCUCAGAAGUUGUGGUAUGCCAUUCUUGACUCUCAGAGUGAAACCGGCACUCCAUAUAUGCUAUACAAGGAUGCUUGCAAUCGCAAGUCAAACCAGCAGAAUCUUGGCACCAUCAAAUGCAGUAACCUGUGCACUGAGAUUGUUGAAUACUCUUCCCCUGACGAAGUUGCUGUUUGCAAUCUUGCGUCGCUUGCUUUGCCCAAUUUUGUUAUCAAGGAUACCACCGGUGCUCCUGUCUUUGAUUUUGAUAAAAUGAUAGAUACUACCAAAAUUGCAACAUAUAAUCUAAACAAGAUUAUUAAUCUUAACUACUACCCUGUUGAGCAAGCAAAACGCUCCAACAUGCGUCAUCGUCCUAUUGGUCUUGGUGUUCAAGGUUUGGCAGAUACGUUUAUUAAGAUGCGCAUGCCAUUUGACUCUCCCGAAGCCAAGAAACUUAAUAUCCAGAUUUUUGAAGCCAUUUACUUUGCUGCAUUGACUGCAUCAUGCGAGCUUGCCAAACGUGAUGGUCCAUAUGAAACAUACUCUGGAUCACCCAUGAGCAAGGGUAUCAUUCAGCCCGAUAUGUGGAAUGUGAAGGUGUCUGAUCAGUUUGACUGGCCUACUCUUCGUGCCAACAUUGCCAAAUACGGAGUGCGUAAUAGUUUAUUGGUCGCACCCAUGCCCACUGCCUCUACAUCCCAAAUUCUUGGCAACAACGAAGCAUUUGAACCCUACACUUCCAAUAUUUAUAUCCGACGUGUUCUUUCUGGAGAAUUCCAGAUUGUCAACCAGCAUCUGCUGAAAGACCUUACUGAACUCGGUCUUUGGAACGAAAGUAUGAAGAAUCGAAUCAUUUCUGCCAAUGGAUCCAUUCAAAAUAUUCCCAGUAUCCCGGCACAACUCAAGGCUAUUUACAAAACAGUAUGGGAAAUUUCCCAAAAAGUAAUUAUUGACAUGGCUGCUGAUCGCGGUGCAUUUAUCGAUCAGUCCCAGUCGCUUAAUAUCCACUUGGCCGAAGUCAACUACGGCAAACUGACUAGCAUGCACUUUUAUGGCUGGCAUAAGGGGCUCAAGACUGGAAUGUACUAUCUUCGAUCACGUCCUGCUGCUGAUGCCAUCAAGUUUACUGUAGAUAAACAAUCUUUGACUCAAGGUGCAGAGGAUAAAAACAAUGUUGUUGCUUCAGUAAAUAAUAUGACUGAUAUGCUAUGCUCUUUGGAGAACCGGGAUGCGUGCAUGAGCUGCUCGGGCUAGAUUGCUUUUUGAUAAUAAUUGGUUUAUCGUGCUCCAGGGCUUAUGGAUUGUUUUGCAUAUAUGAAGUUGAAUCUUGCACUGUUGCUUUGCCAAUGAGAUCUCUCGGGGUGUGUUUACCCCAGAUUUACUAUUCAGGUAUAAGUUUUAUUUAGGUUAGUUUAUUUUUUAAAAUAAAGCAUUUUGAUUUC